AUGUCUGAAAAUGAGCCAAUAAAGCUGAAGCUCCAGGGCACUGCCCGAGAAAUCGGACUACAACAUGGUCGCGCGUUGCGGGAACAAAUCCGUAGCCAGAUAUCUAUCUACGACUUUAUGUUCCAGAACACCUCCAAACUAGCUUGGAAAGAUGUGCGCGAAGUUGCAACCGAAUUCCAGCGCACGCUACAGAACCUAACACCCCAUUUAUUCACGGAGAUGGAAGGUAUCGCCGAGGGCGCCGGGCUAGAUGUACUCGACAUAAUAGCGCUCAACUGCCGGAGCGAGAUAGCACUCGGACGAUUCUCCGAUGGCUGCACAACACUAAGCUGGAAGAAAAGCGAGACGACGCGAGUGCUCUCACAGAACUGGGACUGGACGAAUACCGUCAAGAAGAACCUAGCAAUGGUAUCGAUUGAGCAGGUUGGAAAACCUACUAUCUAUAUGGUUACCGAGGCGAGAAUCGUCGGCAAGAUUGGAUUCAAUACCAACGGCGUCGGGACUUGUCUCAACGCAAUCCGCGCCAAACCGAUGAUCAAUAGCAAGGUCCCGAUUCAUGUUGCCCUUCGGUUGUGUUUGGAGAGUACUUCUGUCGACAAUGCGGUAAAUACCCUCGAGUCUUUGGGUGGUGUUGCAUCUGCUCAGCAUAUCCUUUGUGCAGACAGUACCAAAGCACUAGGGCUUGAGCUAUCGCCCGUGGGAGACAAGCAUAUCCCCGAGGAUGCAUCGGGGAUUAUAGGACAUACCAACCACUUUCUUGAGAAUCACUAUGUGAAUGAGCCGCCUUGGCUGUCCGGGUCGCCUAUCCGGCUUCAGCGACUAGCGCAGUUGACGCAGGAGUUAAUUCAGGGUGGUGUUCAGGGCGACGCUAUUACACCCGCUUUGUUGCGAGAACAGAUCUUCUCCGAUACGUAUAACAAGCCUCAGGCAAUAUGUUGCGAGGAGGAUCCAUCCCGUCAUAUCUCGAAUAGAAGUAGUUCUUUGUUCAACAUUGUUAUGAACUUGGACCCAAAGAAUCUGGGAGCGGAGGUGGUCUUUGGGAGGGUUGGGUCUGGAGAGGAAGGGCCUGUGUUGACAAUGCCCUGGUGA